CUAAAUUCUUAAAAUUUUUGGAUUUUCCACACGUGCUGGAAACCACGUGCGAUUUUUUGCGCUCCUUGAAAUAUUGUUAGCGCACCCUCUAGACUACUAUGGGUAAUGAUUAUCAAGUAGAUACUCUGGUCGGUUGGUAAACAUUUAAUGUUUUCAAGUGUGAUACGGCUAAACAACGCUUUCGAAUCUCUUCGGGUCGGGCAAAGCCUCACGUGAGCGAUCGCGCUUUUCCGAUCAGCGGCUACUACCAUUAGAGUCUCCAUCCGCAACGCGAUACUCCUCCUGGACUCGCGAAAUGUUGUCACGAUUUUAUGUGAAGUGGUGUGUGUCUUGGCUUAUUUAGCCGCGUUUCCUCCUCUGUGAAGCAAAAUGAUGGAAGAAGAGGAUUCAUAUGGGUUCGAGCAAACCCUGAUGUAUGGUCGUUUUACGACCACACAACUUCAGAACUAUGCUAAAGAACAAGGUGCAAGGUUACGAAGGGAGGAGAAACAAAGGAGAGAGGAACAAGAACAAACAGAGGAUGACUUUAGAACUUAUGAUCAUUCAUGGCUAGGUCCAGUUAAAAGGUUUAUAGAGCGGUUGCGUCCAUGUUGGAGUCGUUUGGGCAGUGACUGGGUGUUCUUGCUGAUUCUUGGAAUAGUAAUGGCACUUAUAAGUUUUGUCUUGGAUUUAGCAAUUGACAAAUGCCAAACGGCCCAUAUUUGGUUGUACAGUUUACCAAGCAAUACUUUCCUGCAGUAUAUUGUCUGGAUUUCGUUUCCUUUAGUCCUUGUAACUUUUUCUGUUGGAUUCACUUACCUUGUUUCUCCUCAUGCAAUAGGUUCAGGAAUUCCUGAGAUGAAAGUAAUUUUAAGAGGCACAAUAUUAAAACGCUACCUGUCACUUAGAACAUUGAUUGCCAAAGUGUUUGGCCUUCUUACAGCUCUGGGAAGCAGUAUUCCUAUAGGAAAAGAGGGCCCUUUUGUGCAUAUUGCAAGCAUGGUUGCUCGAUCCAUGGGGAAGUUUGUGGCAUCAUUUAAAGGCAUAUAUACGAAUGAGUCCAGAAAUACAGAGAUGUUAGCAGCAGCAUGUGCUGUUGGUGUAUCAAGCUGUUUCGGGUCUCCUAUUGGAGGGGUUCUAUUCAGUAUUGAAGUAACAGCCACUUAUUUUGCUGUGCGAAAUUAUUGGCGUGGAUUCUUUGCUGCUGUGUGUGGAGCACUGAUGUUUCGUCUUCUAGCUGUGUUUGAUAAGGAAGAAGAAACUGUAACUGCUCUGUUCAAGACAAAUUUUCGCCUGGACUUUCCAUUUGAUGUAGAAGAGUUCAUUGCUUUUGCAUCAAUAGGGUUGUUUUGCGGUUUUGGAGGAGCCCUGUUUGUAUUUACUCAUAGAAAGCUUGUUGAUGUUCAAAGAACUCACAAACACACCAAGGUGGCAAAGUUUCUGUCAAAGAACCAUUUCAUGUAUCCAGCUGUUGUCAUCUUCAUCAUUGCUACAAUAACGUUUCCUAAAGGAUUUGGACAGUUCAUGGCAGGAGAGUUGACGUCAAAGCAAGCAAUAGAUGAGCUGUUUAUGAACAUCACAUGGUCUGAAGCAAGAGAGUCUGAGGAUCAAGCCAGCUUGAACGUUCUAAAGCACUGGGAUGGGGCUAAUACUAACAUCUAUGUCACCUUGGUCAUAUUCAUUGUUCUCAAGUUUAUCAUGACAGCUGUGUCAGUAGCUUUGCCAAUUCCUGCUGGUGUCUUCUUCCCAGUAUUUUUAAUAGGAGCAGCAUUUGGUCGGCUUGUAGGUGAAGCCAUGGCAACAUGGUUUCCUGACGGUGUGAACUCUGGAGAUGCUGUAACACCCAUUGUCCCAGGGGGGUAUGCUGUUGUCGGAGCAGCAGCCAUGUCAGCAGCUGUGACACACACUAUAUCGACAUCUGUGAUUGUGUUUGAGCUCACAGGACAAAUCACUCACAUUCUCCCUGUUAUGAUUGCUGUGUUGAUAGCUAAUGCUAUCGCACAGUGGUUGCAGCCAUCAUUUUACGACAGCAUCAUUCAAAUCAAGAGGCUACCUUACCUUCCCGACUUAACAAAAACUCAGGUUUACAACUUGCUUGUUGCUGAUAUUAUGAAGACCAAACUUUUUUACAUCUCAUAUCACACUAAAUAUGCCGACCUCAAGGAUCUACUGGAGAAGUCAAAUCACAGGUCAUAUCCACUAGUGGAUUCUGAAGAUUCUAUGAUCCUCCUUGGCUCCAUUCAGCGGCCUCAGCUCCAGUCUCUUUUAAAUCAACACAUGCAAAAACUGAUCCAGACCAGCAGUAACGCAGAGAGUGAAGAUGCGUUAUGUGUGAGACCUGAGACACCAGACUCGUUGCAGUUACAGUCUGACAAAGAGAGCAGUGAUGAUCAGGGCCCUCCUUCGGCUAAACUUGAAGUGUCAGCUGAUGUAUCCAUAAAGAGACAAGAUAGCCACCCUCAAGGAGCAAGUCAAAGAUCUUCAACAGGAAAGUCUUUGUUAGAGAAAAUUCCAGUUCCUGCAAGACUUCAUAGACUGUUUGGUAGUGCAUCACUUCUGGAUGAUGCUGAGAAAAUUUCUGAAGCAUCUGACAAAGACAGUCCAACUGCAGAACAGCAACUUCAGUGGGAGAAGGAACUGUUAGAGAGACCUGUUGACUAUAGUAGCUGCCAGAUUGAUCCGGCACCAUUCCAGCUGGUAGAAAGAACAUCUCUGUUGAAGGUUCACAAGUUAUUUGCACUUCUUAAUCUGUCACAUGCCUAUGUAACCACUCUAGGGCGACUGGUGGGCGUGGUUGCACUUAAAGAGGUUCGACAGGCAAUCGAGGGUGAGCGAUUUCUAGAUGCUUCCCAUGUAGAUGCGGUGGAAGGGGACCAUAGAGGCAGUUUUACAUUGGCACAGGUUCAAGACGUUAUGUUGAGGCCAUACUCUGAAGCGCGUGCCACAAGUCCCACUAGUGAAGAUUCAGAUCCCGCACUGUAAAUUGCCGACUUAAUGGAACAAAGACAGCUGGCCAUGAAGUGGUGUUUGUUUGGUUUGAACCCGUAGGCAGAGUCCUUAUGUACUACAGUAAAAGUAUACAAGGCUUAUGAAACAAAGAUUUAGUUUACAGAGUUUCAUACGUAUGAGAAUUUUGUACAAAUCAAUUACUGGGGUUUCCACUCUUUUGGUGGAGAGAGAGCGUGUGUGAAAAAUACAUGUUAAUUUUAUUUAGAAGUGUAUUUACUUCUAGCUGUUCUACAGCUAGAUUGAAUCAUGGUCAUGUAUUAAAGGGUGCAAGAGUGAGUGUAUGUACAUUAAGAAGAACAGGUAUUUUGUAGUUGGUUGAGUUGCAACCUGGGAGAUGGAAGAGAUUUCCAUGUAAAGGUGAUGCAACAUUCAUUAGAAAUUUUAAAAUACUAAGGCAUGGUUGUGAUCACAAAGAGAAAUGAUGAUGUCAUUGCCCAAGUUUCGUUAUUCAAUUUUUCAUUAUUUUUGGUUUACUUUGCAAACAUAUGUCCAAACCAUAAUGUGCAUCAACUAUCAACAAUGUGUGCUUAUGACAAGAUCAAUGAAUGUCAUGCUCAGGCCUCAAAUUACACCAUGUGGCUCAUCAGGCACUUAGGGAUUUCUGUAUUCAUUUGGUUUUUGUAGGUGGAAUGAUUUGCCUCAUGCGAGCCCUACCCCUGAAUUGGGAGGGCGCGGCAGGGGGGCAGGGACUAUUUCUUCCGUGACUCUUCCAUAAACCAAUCAGGCAUGGUUGAAACUACCAGGGGCUCAGGCCCCAAAUAGCAUAUCUUUUGGGAUCACAAAGAGGUGACAUGCCCAGGGUAUAGCAAUGCAAUUAAAGAUUGUCCUUAAUUCACAGGCUACAUGAAACUUGCUUUAUUCCAUAAUUAAAAAGAUUUUCCAAACAGUGCCAAGUUACAAACAAAAAAAACCAGGUAUAUUAUCACAAGGAUAUAUUAUUUUGUUUUGUAUUUAGAGAUCAGAAGAAAAUUUUAAAAAACAUAAAGAUUUGAUUUUCCUACUAAAAUGUAAUAUUAAUAAUUAAAAAGAGUUUUUCUGAAAAAUUAAGAAAAUUGAAAAAAAAAAAAGAUAUGUCAGUUUGCAAAUAACAGUUCAGUUGGUAGUGUGGUACUUUUUAACCUACCUGUCAAUAUUAUUGUUAAUGGGUACUAGGUUUUAUGAACGAUGUGGUACAUGUAUUUCACAAUCCAUCCAAUAUUUUUUGUGAUAUGCAGUUGCUCUAAACACAUCAUACAAUACAAUAGCCUAGCCACUACAGAGUUGCCCAUUGCCUCUGUGUCAAAACGAGUCUUCAUGCGAAAUCAUUUUUAUGAAAAUGGUUUCAUCUGUAAGUUUGUUUUCUUGUCAAUCAAACUCAUUUUCACAAGAAAAGUUUAGCAUGAGGACUUAUUUUGAAACAGAGGCAAAAGGCCACUUGGAAAUGGCCUAUUUGCUAAUUAUUUCCAAGUGAUUUGUCCCCUAGUUUUCAUGUUUUUGUUUCACAUUUGUACAUUCCAUGUUUCAGUGGUCAAAUAGCCAUACAUAUUUGGCUGCCAAAGAGAGGUUGUUUAUUUGUACGUCAGAUUAUUAUAGGUACUUAGUUAAGUACUGUUUAUAUCAAGUUAAGAUAUCAGUGGAAUUUCUUACUAUUAUGUUAUAGGAAUCAUGGUAAUAGGUGUAAAAUUAUGAUAUCCAUUCUUAUCCAUAAAGGUUGUGAUUUGCAGGGGAGAACGUAGUAACCCUUUCAAGACUAACCACAUCACAAAUUAGUCUAUGUUCUAUUGUUAUUUUCAUAAUGUUUUGUGAUAUUUUUUUAAAUAAAGGAGGAAAGAAUAUUUGUAAUUAACUUUCAGGUAUACAGGUAACUAAAAAAAGAGACAGAAGACAAUCAUGCAUACACAAGAAUGUGUUUGGGAAAACUCAAAAUUUAGCAGGCAUGCAUUGGUUUACACAAUGCUGUGUAUAAACUUUCUCAGUCCUUCAAGCAUGCAGGUUUGAGUGUCUCAGACAUUUUCUUGCUCUGAACUUGACUUUUGCAGCUCCCCUUGUGGGCAAGAACUGGCCAAAACUAAACUCACUUGAAACAGGUUGUGUAAAUAAGAAUCUGUAAAAUGCAACUUAGUGUCAUUUACAUUAUUUAGUCAGCUAAUUGGAGGAUGCAUUGUUUGCUUGCAGUUUGUACUAAAACCUGCUUCAUUACUACCAUGUGUUUGAAUAAUACACAGGCUUCAUGUAUGUAACUUUGAAGAUUAAAGUAAUAAUUUUUUAAAAGCU